UUAGACUCUUCUUCGAUGGAAAGAGGCGCAAGACAUUGACGCACUCGAAACAGAAGCGAAAUCAAUAGCGAAAUCGAACAAUCCGAAAAGGGAUAUCGUACUGCAAACGUUAUAUUCUAUUAUUGCUGAGAAAAGACUGGCUGAAAAGGUGUUGAACGUGGAUUCAGUGACUUGGCUACUUGAAAGUUAUAGUGCACUACGGGCAACAGCUGCAACCAAUGGAUUCUUCUUCGAAUUCAAUACGAAAUUACGAAGAACUAUGAAAGAAGCAUUGGCUAAUAGGAAUAUUAAAGCUGCUGAUAAAUUAUGGAAUAUUGGUUCAAAAUCGAUGCCGACGAUGAUGAAGAUUGCUUAUGCAGCCUUACUGCAUACCAAUCGACGAGUGGACGAUGCGAAACGAGUUUUGACAGAAAUAUUCUCGAAUGCUGAACCGUUCGAUCUUAAUAACAUUUCCACGAGUGCGUUAUUGGUGGACGAUCGUCAAGAGAAUGAAGCGUUUUUGGGUUUAUUCGCACGGAUAUUCAAAUUGAAUGCCGAAUCGAGGAGACGUCUGCUGAAUGGAAUUCGUUUCAGAGAAUUCGAGAAACUGAUCGAUGCCGGUCAUCUAGAGGAAGCAUUCUCGUUUGCGAAAGAUAUCAGUGCCGAAACUGGGCGAGCGUUCGGGCAGGUCGAGUUGAUGGGUGCUGCGCUCCGAAUUGCUGAUAUGCAACUGCUCAACAAUGUAAUUGGGAUGGUGCAGCAGAAGCACGAUAAGAACGCGGCGUUGAUCGAUUUCGGCGUUGCGCUGUUGGAGAAUGAACGAAUCGAGCAUGCUGCACGCAUUUUUGCAGUGAAAGUUCAACGAGAUCAGAUCUGUGCCUUAGGAUUCAUUCAUAUCGAAGCUUUCUCUAUUUGCUUUGAUAUUUCAGACAAGUGGUCUUCAUGUAAGCUCAGGGAAGUUGGAGUAUUUCGUCGAGCGGGAACGGCGUGCAAAAAGGGUUGGGUUUGCUUUUUGUCAUCUUAA